UGAGGGAAUUGACAAUAAGCCAUUCCCCAUUUAUCAUUAAUCAUGAUUUUUUUAAAUAAAAAAUGCUUUAAACUAGUUGAUCUCGUCAGUUUAGAUAUUGGAACUGAGGAAUGAUACUUAUAGUUUUAAUUGAUAAAAAUGGCAACAAUCAUGGAAUUCAUUUUAUCUGUUUUGCUGUUAUCUGCGACUGUGCGUUCGGAAGAACCAGCUUGGUAUACUUCAGGUGAUAACGUUGCACCGGGAAAACCUGCAAGCCAAAUUCCGGGUACACAUGGGGAUAAAAAAAGUAUCAUCUGCGGAUAAUGAAAACCUCCAGCAUAGUGUUCCAUGCGCUAACUUAAACUUUCAGCAACAUGGUGGAUAUGGGGUUUUUUGGGACACAAUACUCCGGAGCUCUUACUUUAUAUCAGGAAUUAGAAUAUAUCCCAAAGACAACGCAGCUCGUGAAAGGCUAUACGGAUUGACGAUUUUUACGUAUUUUCAAGAUUGGACAAUUGUGUUUGCAGACAAUGAAACGCACCUUUCGCGGUGCACAGACUAUCAUGAACGAAAGGACAAACCGCUGGUAUGUCAAAAUAUAAUAGAUGUCGCAUUGGAACCUCCUGUUCAAGCUGACGUUGUCAGACUGAGGUCGAAACAUAACGUGACCCUCUGUGAGGUAGAAAUCAUAGCAGUUCAAAACCAUUCGGAAGUGCAAUCAUUCCACAUUGUGACGAUGGUUAUUAUCUUCGCGCAAAUGGAUCAAGACAUUGUUUGGUGAACGAGACAUGGUCAGGUAACGACCCAGAGUGUAAACCUAUCAUAUGUCAUCAACGUCCGCAAAGCCCUUUCAAUGGAUAUUUCAUCCCAAUACAACAACAACUCAUCCAACAUCCAUUCCAGUAUGGUUUUACAUUUGUCCCUCAGUGUGAAACAGGUUUCAAGCUUGUGUAUGGGAGUAAUAUAACGUGUUCUGAAUUAACUUCUGGACUGGGGGUACAGCCAGAUGUGAAAGAGUAUUUUGCGCCGUGACGGCACACGAAAAUGGAUUCUAUACAGAUGGUCAGCAGAUAUAUUUAAGAAAAACAAUAAACUACGCUUUAUUCCUCAGCCCAAUAUGCAAUAAAGGAUACCAUCUAAGCAACAGUGAUGAUCGCGCGUGCCAAGAAAAUGGCGAACUAACUGGAGUUAGCCCUUUGUGUGAAAUGGUUCGAUGCAACUCGUUCGCACCUCUUUCAAACGGAACACUGAGGUACCAAAAUAACACAUUGAUAUCAAAUAAAGCAUUUGACUAUAAAACAAGUGUAUUAUCAGUUUGUGAUAAAGGUUUCGAACUUCGUGGUUUUGCUGAAUGCAAGUGCCUUGUGAAUGGAUCUUGGUCAGGCAUUUCACCAAUUUGUGAAAACAUCCGUUUCAAAAAUCUAACUAUUAUUAAAGAUUUAUAUCAACAAAACAGAAAAGAAAUCAUUUUUGGAGACGAAAUUGUUGCUGUAUACAACAGCGAACAUUUCCAUCUGGUGAAUGGUUCUUUACACAUGAUUUGUGCAGCCGACGGCAGCCUUAGAUGGGCUACACAACCACCAUUCCUCGCUUCUAUAUGUAAAGUGCAAAAGAACGGGAAGUUUCGGGCAAACACGAGAGAUUGCCUCGUCGACGAUAAGUGUGAAGUAGGAGAAACGAUAACGUUUGAAUGUAGAGAAGACUUUCAAAUGAUGCAAAUAAAUGCAACCUGCCUUUCUAAUCACAGAUGGAGUUCUGCGCCCAUUUGCACACCACUGUCUCAAUUCAAAUCAACUGGAGCUUUAAUAGGCGGAUCGGCAGCAGUUGGUGUGGUUGUAAUCGCGAGUGUGAUAGCUCUUCUGUUUUUCCUGUACAAAAGGAGGUUGCAUAAAAGCAAAUCGAAAACCCUAUACGAAAAACCAGACGAACCAAAGGAAGACUUGCAUGUUUAUUCAGAAAUCAAUGAAACACACAAGACUGAUCGAAAAAAAGGUGAAGUCCCUGAGCUGUCCAGAUCAGACAGCUAGCUAACACCUGUGGCCACUGAUGACAACUUUUAUGAGAGUGUGUUUGCAUACGAGUCAAUCGAAUGACUAAAAAACAUAAAUUGGAUCUACCUUCUACUUAGUGCAAAACAUUCUCAUAUAUAUAUCACUUACGACUUUUUUCAGCUAGGCUUAGCAUGAGCGGUCCUAGCAUCAUUUUCAGUCAGUUACACAUUCAGCUAUAUAUUUGACUUGUGUUUUAUCUAACUUAUAAAGCAUUCAAUGCCUUAGACAACAAACCAAUUAAAAUCAAAUUAAAG